AUGGACUCCGAAGAGGAACCAAGCACAUGCAGUAUCUGUUUCGAUGAUUUUCAACAGCCCAAACUUCUCUUAUGUCGUCAUACAUUCUGCAAACCAUGCCUUGUCGAUUACACAAAGAAAGAGGACGUGGGUGAAAUAAUCUGUCCAUUAUGUCGACAGAAGCAGAUGUUGGGAAGUAGAGGUUUACAUGGUUUAUUGGACAAUUACUUUGUGCCUUUAAGGACCCCAGAACCACCACCAAAUCUACAAGUAUGUUGUGAAAUUUGUUCUAAGAGGGCAGAACUCUCACAAUGCCUUCAUUGUUCACUGAAGCUUUGCCAUUCGUGUAACUUGGAUCAUAACAUGGCUCUGAAGAUAUCUGGCGAAAGAGCUGGAUGUGAAUCAGAUUCGCAAGGAAGUGGCUCAUCUGAUGAUGAUCGACCCACCUCUCCUCAACAUUUUCUGCAAUUAUCACACCGUUCUUCAAGGACUAAAUUAAUUGCAGAAUUUGUUUCCAGUUUUACAGUGCCUUUCAAUGAUGAAAAUCCGUCAUGCAUUUUUCCGAAUGCCAGAGAUACCUGCUUGUUAUCAAUGGGCUUAGGACCCGAAAUUUUAGAAUAUACACUAAAAGGAAGACGCAUAGGUAGAAAAGUUUACAAUAAAGGGAUUUGUGGAAUAACUAAAACAUUAGAAAAUAAAAUUCUCUUUUCCAAUGUUUUUGAAGCAGCCAUUUUUGAAGUAGCCGACGAGUCCCGAAUAUCCGUUUUUGCGAAAUGCGAUUCAUACAAACCGACAUCAUUGUCCGUAUUUAAAGAUGGAAGAGUAGCGUCCGCCGGAGACGCUUAUACCAAUGCUGGGCCUCGCAGAAAAAGAACCGUCGAUCAUGGAGCUUUGCAGAUAUUUAGCCAAAACGGUAAAUUGUUAAAAGAAAUAAUCAAAGACAGGAAUGAUUUCUUAUUUAAGUUGCCUGUUUGUGUUUCCGUGAAUUCACAGAAUAAUACAGUUUGUGUUGCUGACAUUGGUUUGCAACAAGUUCUAAUUAUGACUGACGAGGGUUAUGUUAUAAGAAAAUACAGAGGACGGACCAGAGGAAGCACUAGCGCUAUAUGUCUUUCAGGUUCAGUGGUAUUGAGUGUGAAUACUAGUACGUUUAAGCCAGUGGCUUUGUGUCAUGAUCAAGAUGGAAACCUUGUGAUAGCAAAUAUGUUGGAUGAGACUCUCCACCUUCUAUUAUCAAAUGGGGAUUUCUUUUGCUACAUUUAUGCAAAGACUAAUAGCUUUCGGCACACAGGCAGUUUGUGUAUUGACAGUCAAAGCAGACUGUGGGUAACAGACCAUCGGAAGGGAAAAGUGAAAAUAUUUCAGAUUAUUUCUUACAAAAACAAUCUACAACAUGCUCUUCGUUGA